CUGUACCUCUCUUUGGCAGCACAGUUCACUUUUGGCUCAGGUCAGACACCAGCUCACCUCGCAGCUUCUCUUCCUCAGCCAUGACGAUGACUGUUGCCAUGGUGAUGCUGUGCAUGAUGAUGGUACAUGCAAAUGUGAAGCCGCAGAAAGAUUUUAGCCUGCAGAAGUUUGCAGGAAAAUGGUAUCGCGUGGGGGUCGCCUAUGACUCUCCGCGUUUCGUCCCAUUCCGAAGAAUAAUUAAGGCCUCCAUGGGCACCAUCACGCCGCUGCCAAACGGCAAUGCUAAUCUCACAAUGUGGGAGGCAACAUCCUUUGGUUGUGUAAUCAAAAGGUACCAGUAUGAGAGGACGAGUGUACCUGGACAGUUCACCUACUUCAGUGCACGCCAUAACAUGGUGAAGGACAUCACUGUGGUGGAAACAAACUACACUGACUACGCCAUGGUCCUUAAGCACAAGGUUUUCAACAGAGAGUACACACAGGUGGCACUUUAUGCUCGCACUCUGAGCGUCAGGCCUGAAGUCGUACAGAAGUUUAAAACCUUUGCCUUGUCUCGCGGUUUACCAAGAGAGUCUAUUCUGAUUCCACCUCCAGCAGAAAAUUGCCCGUCAUCAGGGUCUGGGCGUUAGGUUCCCUGCUGUGCCUGAGAUGAGGGUGGCAUCACGUGUUCUUCGUGCUGUUCCAGCUGUGUGUCUGUGUCCAGUUUCUGACAGCAUUUAUGUAUUAUAAACUAUUAUUAAAAAAAACUUCAGCAAACAUGAUGCUGACUGCAAAUGGCACAAGAAGCAGAUAUUGCUGAUUACAUUUAUCCUAUAGAUCAACCUUGAUUAUGAAGCGUUUUCCAUUAUUUUCACAGUUCACAUAGUUAAAUAAACAUUGACCUCCAGACCUUUAUUAAUCUAAUUUGAGGGUGGGUUUUUUGUCUUAUUAUGGUUACAUGUAAAAUAUGUUAGUAUGUAAUUCUGUGUUUUACUGGGAUCUAUAUGUUCAUCACCUGACAGUUACCUCUACCAGCUAUAAUAUUGGCGAUACAGUCAUCAUAUAUCAAUAAAUAUAUUUCUGAUCAGCUGCAUUUUUCUUGAAUUAAGAAAUUUUACCUGCAUAUGCACAAACACUUUCUCUUGCAUAAAGUGUUGCUGCAGAGGUUCACACUGAAAAGACAAAUGUAAAUAAAAGUUGGCUGCUUCAUCGA